UAUCUACUACAAAUAACUACAAAUCAACAUCUACUGCGUGGAACAAUUUAAUUGCUAUAUCUAUCUAUUUAACAAUAAGACAAUAUUCAUAAUUAACAUUAUAAUAACAUUCAAAUAAAAAUGAAGUUUUUUCUAAUAUUAGUUACAUUAACUGUAAUAACACUGAACGCUUUUGCCAAGGAAGAUUCGAAACCCACGAUAAAAAUUGGUAUUAAAAAGAGGGCGGAAAAUUGCGAAGUAAAAGCUCGUAAGGGAGAUACCAUUCACGUUCAUUAUAGGGGCACGUUAAAGGAYGGUACCGAAUUCGACAAUAGUUAUGAUCGUAAUAAAGCAUUUUCUGUGAGACUUGGAGCCGGUCAAGUGAUAAAAGGAUGGGACCAAGGGCUGUUGGGCAUGUGCGAAGGUGAAAAACGUCGCUUGGUUAUACCGCCUGAAUUGGGUUAUGGCAAAGCAGGAGCUGGUGACAAAAUACCCCCAGAUGCAACGUUGGUUUUUGAUGUUGAAUUAGAAAAGAUUGAUAGACCAAAAGUUGAUCUGUAAAAUCACUACUAGGUGAAUUUCAAUUUUCUUAAUAAAAUACUAUUUUCCGAAUAAAA